UUUUAAUAAGGGUCUAUUGAGGAUGUUGUUAUGAAGGUGGACAUCUGAGACGUACAUGGGAUGAAGGGAAGCAUGUGAAAUCUCUUGAUAUUGCUAGCAAAGUUUCUUCGCCUGCACUUGAAGAAAAACUACGUCUCGUCUUCGUUUUUUGGAAAGACACCGGCCUUUUUAAUGGAUAUUCUGUGAGAACAAACCGCUCCGAGGAAGAAGUGGAUUUUAGUUUCAAGUGGACAGCCCCCGACUAUCUGACGCUGUCGUGAAUUAGAAAUCAGGUGAUUGGAGCAGCUCAAGUGGUUUGAGCGCCAUUUUGUGGAUCGUGCUGAGCAACACUGAUGUUUGGGGAGAGGGGUUUCUGUGAGAGACAAGAGACAAGGAACAUGCCAAAACGGGACAAAGUCACCGAAACCUGAGGAUUUCAUCGGGGAAUGAAAUAUAAAAAAAGGCUGCCUCAGCAAAUGUGUUUGGUCAGUAGUCUGGCACACUGCGGUUAGAGGCUGACAGGCUAGCAUCAAGCACGGUGAGAUUAGCGUAAUUCCAGUGGAUAUAACCCAUUCCCAGUCUUUGAUGAGUCGCCGUGAUCCUGAGGAUUUUUCCUGACGCAGGUGUCUUCGUAUCUUAGCGACCCAACUGGCUUCCCCAGAGCUUCCAAAGUCCUGAGCUUACACCACACUAUAAAAAAGGACCAAAAUAUAUAACCAAGAUUUACCGAUGACGAAUCGUGUCCACUGGAGUUUGCCGUUAAACGCGCCGUGAUUGAAUGUAUCCAUGUCGAGCAGCGCUCUCUCGCUCUCUCCUUGGGAUAUUUAUGUUUGGACGUGAUUUAGCGAGAAACGCAUAAAUUCUCGCGUUAAACAGGAGCAAAAUGUCAACAAAUCGACGGGAGGUAACAUUUGUCUCGGCGGGGAAGCUACAACUUGGAAGGAAAAUCGCGCCGUUUAAAAUUGAUUUAUUGAUCGCGUAAGGACUUCGUCAGUGUUCUCAUCUUAGACCGAACAAAACCGUGGAAAUUUACUAAUUAAGUAUCGCAGAGAGACAAUAGAUUUUUGGGCAAACACAAUGAAAUGGAGGUUGGAUUAAUAUGCAUUGUAUGGCAUCACCCUGAAGGUCGGCAUGGCAGUGGUAAUGGUUUCGCCAGCCAAUGAGCAAUCAUGCAUAGACUCCACAGAGCAGUUGCUCUGUCAGACAGACGAGGUGCCGGCAGUGUGUGCAGGCGUGCUGGCGCCCUCAUCUGACCGUCGCAGUACCCAGGCCGAUGUGGUAGAACAACAGCUGCAUGAGGCUACCGGAGGCGGCGAGAGCAUGGAAUACCAUGGCCGUGGUGGAGGUUGGGAGCCACUCCGCAGUCAACACGCUGGUGAAGAGUACGAACUGCAGGCGCGGGAUGGGUCUACACCGGACUCACCUCAAACAACAGCUCACACAGGAUUAUUGCAGAGUACAGCAGACAAUGAUGCACACGACAGAACACCAAAAGAAGAAUUGUAUUUUAUCGGUGGGAGUACGAGUUACAAACAUCAGCACCAGGGACCGACGAGUGCCUCGAGCAGUAGCAGCAGCAGCAAGAAGCCCAUACAAAAACGGAAACUUCUCGCCGAGCCGUCCAGCGACAAUCGCUUCGUCAACCUGGCACACAGGUCGGCUCUCGUGAACGGUACCAUCCCCCGGUUCACCCCGCUUCAACUGCACCGAUCGGAGCGGUCAGGACCACGCUCCUCGGUGUCGGACAUGAAAGGCAAUGGGGCUGCCGAAGGAUCAAGCCGAAAGAGUAGUAGCGGUUCGGGGAAGAAGAAGACGCAUUACAGUCAUGCGAACACUGGAUACAGACUGGGUCUAAGGAGAUCCCUGUUUGAGCGCAGGAAACAGCUCAGUGAUUAUGCUCUAGUUAUUGCUAUGUUUGGAAUUGUUGUCAUGAUAGUAGAAACCGAGCUUUCCUGGUCCUUCUACAGCAAGGGUUCCGUUUGUUCAUAUAUUCUCAAAGCCUUCAUCAGUACUUCCACAAUGGUUCUUUUAGUACUAAUAGUGUUAUACCACGCAAGGGAAAUACAGAGUGUUUUGUGUGUGUUAUAG